CGUACCCGUCACGUCCACGACGUCCCGGUUCCCGAUAUUCCCCAUUGUCGUUCGUCCCGCAUACGCGCGUAAUCCCGUUCGCAGUAAUACCGUUACAAUAUUAUUACACGCACGGGACGCCGUCGUACCGGAUCGACAUUAGUUUUUUUUUCUUUCUCAUUUCCACGUUACAAAACGCAAGGUUCGCCGAGUUACACCCGAAAAGAAUGCUGUUUUCGAUAAAUUGAUCCACGUCGAAUUCAAUUAUUCAUCUGGUGAACCGUGAUCAUCAAAUAACAGUUGUGAUGAACGUGUCAAACGGAGCAACCGACGUCGACGUCGGUGGCAUUAUAGGCUGAGCAUUAUAGUUAAAGGUGUUGAGGGUUUUUUUUUGAAAAAUAAGCAAUCGAUUGAACCAUGAGUGUUUGCCACCGACAGCACGUUUGCCACUCAACAAGUGUCCGCAGCCUGAUGAUCGUGCUGAUGGUAACCCUUUUAUACAGCUCAGAAGCCGAUGGUUUCGAGCCGGAUUUCUUGUUUCCACUGGAGAACGUGACCAUAGCCCAGGGCCGAGACGCUAUAUUCACGUGCGUGGUCAACAAUAUCGGUGGUAACAGGGUGAGUGCUCCCGAAGGCGACUUCACACCAGCCAGGGUAGCUUGGAUCAAAGCGGAUACCAAAGCCAUAUUAGCUAUCCACGAACACGUUAUCACCAACAAUGAGAGGCUGUCGGUCACGCACAACGAUUACAACACUUGGACGUUGAACGUGCGGACGGUGCGAAGGGAGGAUAGGGGCACGUACAUGUGUCAGGUCAACACCGACCCGAUGAAAAGCCAAAGCGCUUUCCUGGAAGUGGUCAUACCGCCGGACAUUGUGUACGAGGAGACAUCUGGCGACAUGAUGAUACCCGAGGGUGGAUCCGCUAAGUUGGUGUGCAAGGCCCGCGGAUAUCCAGAACCGAAAAUACUGUGGAAGAGAGAAGACGGCGGCGACAUAAUCGUUAGGACCGGUAUUACGACCAAGACCAAAAUGCAAGCGGUCGAAGGCGAAGUGUUGAUAUUAUCCAAGGUAACAAGGUCGGAAAUGGGGGCGUACCUGUGCAUAGCGGCCAACGGCGUGCCGCCUUCGGUUAGCAAGAGGCUGAUGUUGCACGUUCACUUCCAUCCGUUGGUGCAAGUCCCCAAUCAACUGGUGGGAGCACCACCCAAGACGGACAUCACACUUCAGUGUUAUGUGGAAGCCUCGCCCAAGUCCAUCAACUAUUGGACCAGAGAAUCAGGUGAGAUGAUCAUUUCAAACGACAAGUACAACAUGACUGAGUUGACGGUGUCGUACUACAGCGCCCAGAUGAGACUGACCAUCAGAAAACUGCGAAAAUCCGACUUGGGAGGAUACAAAUGCAUAUCGAAAAAUUCCAUCGGUGAGGCGGAAGGCAACAUAAGAGUUUACGAAAUGGACUUGUCCAAGCCCCGAGUGGAAGGAGAGGAAGACGGCGACAACGCUAUACUCGUGUCAAACAUGGACGAAGAUGACUACACCAACGGACAAGUGGGAGGCAGGAACACAUCGAACAAUGUGCCGGCUUACAAAGACCAAUCUCACCGUUUACACAGGUCAUCGGCCAAUGCCAAAGAAAACAAUGCCGUCAAUUUAGUAUCGGUUUCGUUGACGGCCAUCGUGUCACUGGUGCAACACUUCAUGCUGUUGUCGAUCAGCAAAUAGAAAUGAACGAGAAUAAAACAAAAUUAAAUAGAAUAUCUCCAACCGCAAGCAUAUUAUAAACUAAAGACAUCAACGCGGGCGAAUAUACCGUUAAACUAUUCAUAUUAUUUACUAUUCAAAUGUCGGUCUUUUCUUUUAUGUAUCUCCAACACCAUACCGUAUUAUUUUGGACCAACACACGAUGUAACAUGUGGUUAUGGAGCUAAUCCGACUUAAAAUCCAUCUAUCCCAUCACUGAUCAACUUAAACCUAAUAUUUCACAUUGAACUGUCGAGACACAAUUUUAAAUAAACCGCGUAGUCAGGUUAACGCAGUAAUACGUGUGUGACAAAAUAUCUCUACUCUACCUGUUGGUCAUUGGCGAUUUCUUUUUCAGAACAGAUUAGAAAUAAAAAAACCAGACCGCCUUAUUUAUCCUAAUUUUCUUUGGAUAUGAAUCUUUGAGGAGACGCGUUGUUCAAAAUCGCCUACAAUUUUAAAAUGAUAAAUAUAUGCAAACAAAAAUAAUAUUCUGUGUAACUUAAGGAGUAGAUGUUGUUUAAGGAAACUCACAUAAGCGAGUAAAACCAAAAAUCGAAAAUGAAAUCUUUAUAAUAAACUUCCGAACGACUUCCAUGUGGUAAAAUUGAAAUAACUGAAAGACAUUUUUACUUUUUUUAAUUAUUCACGUUCUUGAGUUGUGCUGGAGUAUUCUUGAGGUUUAUCACGAUUCGGACCUGAUCAAAGCAAAACUGCAGUUCCACAGGUAGACCGGGGAGCCAGCACACCAUUAGCCAAAAUAAAAAUGGGAUGAGGCGAGAAGAAAUCUUGUUUGGAAUCAACGAGAUACCUAUACAUAUUCAUUUAUAAAUAUAAUAAAAUAAGUAUAAUUAUCAUACUACUUUGAUGAUAAAUUAAUUAUUAUGUUUGGUCACAAAAAUAUUGUAUUGUUUAUUAUUAUUUAAUAUACUUAUCGAAU